CCUCAUUCCCCAAAUGGACCCACCAGCCGCACUCGCCACCCCCCCUCAGGCAUCCUCCUCCUCCCCUUCCCCGCCGCCGUCCGCGUUCGUAAACCCAUUCGAAGCACUCGUAGCGGGGCAGACGAUCACCCAUGUACCGUCGUUCGAGCUCGAAUCGGGCCAUGUGCUCCGGGACGUACCGGUGGCGUACAAGACUUGGGGACGACUCAACGAGCACAAGGACAAUGUGAUGGUGUUAUGUCACGCCUUCACUGGGAGUGCGGAUGUCGAGGAUUGGUGGGGCCCGCUCUUAGGCCCGGGGAAGGCAUUUGACUACACCCGGUAUCUCGUCAUAUGCUUCAAUGUCAUGGGCAGUCCGUAUGGGAGUGCGAGUCCUGUGACGCGUAAUCCUGACACUGGGAGGUCAUAUGGACCUGAGUUCCCGUUGACCACCAUACGGGACGAUGUUCGACUUCACAAACUCGUACUCGAUUCCCUCGGCGUGCGCUCCAUCGCUGUCGUCAUCGGAGGCUCGAUGGGCGGGAUGGCCACGCUCGAAUGGACGCUCUGCACGCCUCCCAGCUACGUCCGUCACAUCAUCCCCAUUGCCACUUCAGCGCGACACAGCGCGUGGUGUAUUUCCUGGGGGGAAGCACAGCGGCAGUCGAUCUACUCCGACCCUUCCUACGCAGACGGGUAUUACACGCCUGACGACCGGCCUGAGACGGGACUCGCGGCUGCGCGCAUGGCUGCUCUGCUCACGUAUAGGAGUCGGGAUAGCUUCGAGAGCCGAUUUGGGCGUCGAGCGCAGGGGGGUGGGAAGGCAGUUGUCGGUCUCGCUACCCCUCCUGAGAGCCCGAGGGAAACGGGCCCAGAAACGCACCUCGCAGUGCAUAACGAUGGGCAUAAGGGCUCACGGCGUGCUCAAACUCCUGGGGCCGUAGCGGAGAGAGCGGUGGAGAUGAUCAGCGCUGCCGACGUAGAGCGGAGUAUUGCGAUCCGGCCUGCGCCGCAGAUCUUUUCUGCCCAAGGAUACCUGCGCUAUCAAGGAGAGAAGUUCACGAGCCGGUUCGACGCCAACUGCUAUAUCCAUAUCACGCGCAAGAUGGACACGCACGAUAUCGCUCGCGGGCGGACGGACCUGGCAGACGAGAGCGCUGCUCUUGCCCAAGUGCUGAAGACGCUCCCUCCUCGCACUCUGGUAAUUGGCGUGGAGAGCGACGGGCUGUUCACACCCUACGAACAGCGGGAAAUCGCGGCUCAUAUACGGGAUUCGGAGCUGGUGAUCAUCCGCAGUCCGGAUGGGCACGACGGGUUCCUGCUCGAGUUUGAGCAGCUUAAUACGCACAUCCUCAGAUUCUUGAAGAGGGAGCUGAAGGAGGUGUACGAAGCUGAACCGACGUAUUCAGGGGAGGAGAGAGCGGGGUUUGGGAUUGAGAAGAGCAGCUUGUUUGGAGAGGCUGAGGCGGACGUUGCGAGGUGGUGACAGGUACGGCGGGUGAGAGAUUGAGAUGUAGGAUGCGGGUUGAGUGUACUGGUAAAAGGCUUGACGCAGGAUACCCGG